UGUCAGGUGAACUCAGACCCCAAGAUCGUGAGAAACGUCUACCUCACUGUUACAGAUAAGCGAGUGUUGGAUGGUCAGCUGUACAGAAUGCCUCCAACUAACAAAGAAAAUGGGGAGUAUGGGACGUACAUCCUAGGAGGGAAGGAGAGGUUCCUACAGGCCGGGUCGUCUCUGUCGUUAGUGUGUGUCGUUACCCACACCAAGAAGCCGCCCACCGCCCUUCUCUGGUACCACGACCAACAUGUUCUCGAUUAUGACUCUCCCAGGGGCGGCAUUUCCCUCCAGGUGGAGAAGACGGGAGAACAGACCACGUCAAGGCUACUCUUGUCGUCCGUCACCACCUCUGACUCCGGCAACUACACCUGUCUCCCCGUCAACGCCCCCACCGCCUCUGUUUCUGUCCACGUUAACAGUGACGAGUUGAGAGCGGCAGUACAACAGGAAGACUUCAUCCUCUCCUCCUCCUCCCACCUCCACGAUUCCCCCUUCCUCCUCCUCCUCCUCCUCGUCUUCCUCCUCCUCCUCCUCCUUCUCCACACACCAGGGGAGGUCCUCAGCAGCGGUUAUAGCCUCUCCUAGCACCAGCGCCCAGCAAGGUUCCUCCUCCUAGGGCCGACUUGAAGGAAGUGUUCGCUGAGAUGGUGUGUGGCUGGACGUCGUCAUCAUCAACCUGUCAACGCUGAAAACAGGUCAAGAUUAAUACGCCGGUCACAGGUCACGGGUCUUCGGGUCUCACAGGUCACGGGUCUCGGUUCAAAGUUCAUAGGUAACAGUUGAAAGGUCACGGGUCACGGGUCUCGGUUCACAGGUCACAGUUGAUAGGUCACGGGUCAAAGUUCAAAGGUCACAGGACGCAAGAAAGACAUAAGACAUCUAUAUUAGUCAUUUAAGUUAAUAUCUAGAGUCAUCAGUGGCUUAAUAAGAUAUAAUUCAUUCAUAUAUUUCCUCUUAGUUAAUCUCUAUAUGUCUUCAUGAACUCAUAAAUAUUCCAAAGCCAUAAUUAACUUGCUAAGACAUAAAGCAGACAUUUCCAUUCGCUUAGUUGCUGUCUCCGUCUUCAUUAACUCUCUCACGUCCUAGGGAAAAAAAUCUAAUAUUUACAUCCUUUUUGAAAACUAUCGUCUUUAACUCGCUCCCACACGUUCCAAUAAUGCAUCCUCCUUGCUGACUGAUGACUUUGUGUACGAGUAAUGCUUCUUCAUCAACUCUCUAAGAUGUGUUUAUAUACAGAGGAAAUUAUGGAAAAUAUUAGAAAUAAGAAUAAUUAACGAUCAAUUUUGAGUAGUAAUGAUAGAAUGAGCUGAAAAGUUGAAUAUUGAAGAAAAAAUAAUGACUGAAAAACUCGACAAGGCGACCUGGAAAUGUCGUAAAAGAAAUUGGCGGGAAAUGAAGAAAAGUAAAAACUACAGAAUUUUGUAGGAAAUGAAGUAAUUUUGCGGGAACUGUAAAAAAGUGAAAGCUACAUAAUUUGACGGGAAAUGAAUAAACGGGCGAGGAAAAUGGAGAGAGAAAGAAAGAUAGAGACAGAGAGAACAAGAGACGAAGACCUGUUGAAGAACGUUACUGUAUAAGAUUAUGUGACCAAAAUAUAUAUAUAAAAAUAUAAAGAAUUGUAACUGUUCUUAUUAUUCUCGACAUUUUUAUCUCAGGUUUAAAAAUAAUACGAUUUAUUGUCAUUAAUAUUACAUUCUCAAGUUUUAUGUCUAAGAAGUUAAAAGUCACUUGAGAAAAUAAAACUAAUAACAUCCAUAUUUGUUUAUUUUCUAGAAUUUAAGAAUUUUAUAAAAGCUACGAAAAUUAAUACGUACAAAACCUUGAAAUACCAGUGAUUUUUGUUGUUGUUGUUGUUUACUGUACUCGGGUGCAGAUUCAAGUGACGUAAACACAAACUAACGAACGUACUGUAAACACCGACUGUCAUACCAAGUGGAAUAACAGAGAAAUAAUUUUGAAUGAAGAGAAUGAAUUUAUUUCUCUCGAUUAUGUGAUUAUUUUUUCAAUAAUUAAAUCAAGUUUACAGUCACAGCUGAUGGUGUGUUUACCUAAGUGUGACAUCAUUGAUCUGUUUACAUAAGAGUGACGUCAUUAAUUUGCUUAUAUAAUAGAUUGACGUUAUUUGUCUGUUUACAUAAAAGAUCGUGACGUCAUUGCUCUGUUUACAUAAGAGUAACGUAAUUGGUCUGUUUACAAAAGAGAGUGACGUCAUUGAUCUGUUCACCUAAUAGAGUAACGUCAUUGGUCUAUUCACAUAAGGGAGCAUGACGUCAUUGAUCUGUUCACCUAAUAGAGUAACGUCAUUGGUCUAUUCACAUAAGGGAGCAUGACGUCAUUGAUCUGUUCACCUAAUAGAGUAACGUCAUUGGUCUAUUCACAUAAGGGAGCAUGACGUCAUUGAUCUGUUCACCUAAUAGAGUAACGUCAUUGGUCUAUUCACAUAAGGGAGCAUGACGUCAUUGAUCUGUUCACCUAAUAGAGUAACGUCAUUGGUCUAUUCACAUAAGGGAGCAUGACGUCAUUGAUCUGUUUACACAAAAAAAGAGUGACGUAACUCAUUUAACUACAACCAAAAGUGAUGAAAGCAAACAAGGUGAUAAUAUAAACACAAACAAGAUAAUAUAAUCGAAAACAUCA